AUGGAGAAGACUGCUGUAACAUGUGUGUCCUGGCUUCCAAGAGGGAGCUGCAACGGACGCCUUGUCGGAGCCACGCAGAAUGAGGAGGAUGACGAUGCCAUGAGGGAGGCAGCAGAUGCGAACAGCGCGCUCGCCAGGGGAUCUGUUCCUGGCUUGGAGGAGUUUGACAUGGAAAAUUACGACAACGAGGCGGACGAAGGAAUGCAGUUUUUCUCCGUUCUCGACGCUGAUGGCGAGUUGGCCCGGGAGAAAGAUCCGCACAUGACUGGGAAUCCGGACUCCGACUCCGACUCAGAAGGUGAUGUGGAGAUCCGGCAGGACGAUCAUGUCUUUGUCGCAGCCUCCUGCGAGGAAGAUUGCUGCACCCUGGAGCUCUAUGUCUUCGAGGAGGACGAAGUGAAUAUGUAUGUGCAUCAUGAGAUCGGUCUUUCUGCUUACCCGUUGUGUGUGGAGUGGAUGGGGCGCACCUCCUCCAAUGACAGCGGCUGUUAUGCCGCCGUUGGCUCCAUCGAUCACACCAUUCAGCUUUGGAAUUUGGAAGAGCUGGAUCCCCUGGAGCCGGUCCAGGUCUUGGGCUCUGCCAAAAAGGCGCCAAAGGCCAAAGGCAAGGCAAAGAGGAAGAAGAAGCCGACGGGCCCCAGCGAAGUGAAG